ACGGUCGGGCAGGCGCUGUUUGCGGAGCUUAUACAUAAGUGAGUACGGAAGAAAGUAAAUACGGUGCAACGGGAAACAAGACCUCAGGUGAUUCUGCUGCUCUAUGGCCUCGCAUAGCCAGGAUGCACAGCCACACAUGCAACUGUCUGAAUGUGAGGCUGGACGUGGUGCAGCUGCUGGCUGAGCCGCCAGCGGACGUACCGGAGCCGCUGCAGCGCGAGCCGCUGCUGGCCGCCGGCUGCCUCUGGGUACUGCUGGGGCCGGACGGCGCGAGCGUGGAGCAUGCUACGCUUCUGCAGCAGCACUCGGUGUCCGGCGCCAGUGACUGGACUGUCUGUCGGUGCCUCAACUGCGGCUGCGUGACGCACGCCACUUGCGACCGGGCCGGCGCCGCCACCGCCGUCAGCAAGUACCUCCUGUCGGAGCCGGCGCGGAUCGCGGCGCUGCAGCGCAGCGAGCGCUACUCGCCGGCCUUCCGGAUCGUGCUGCCGCAGCUGGCCGGCGCGCUGGAGCGCUCGCUGGCGCCGCCGGCCAGCCCGCGCUCGCACCCGGCGCUGACGGCAGCGCUCCGCCACAUGAAGCUGAACGUCACCUCUUUCAUUAAGCGCGAAGAACACCGGAUAGAAACGGUAGUCCAGAACUUCAGGGAUGAAAAGCUGGCCGAACUGAAAGAAAGCAAGCAACGGGCUUUCGAGGACUCUCAGGCGUUCAAGAGUCUGCUGCUGCGGGUGGAGGACCAGCUGCGUUUGUCGGCGGACGCCGGUGGCGCACCGCUGUCCUCCGAAUCCGAGGGACAAGACACCGUGCCGCCGCUGCGUUCCGAGCGGCGGCCCUCUGGUGUACCCAACCAGGACAUGGUUGGCGUGUUCCUAAUGGACGGAGAUGACAUCGAAGUAGCUGAGGAGGUGGACGAACACUUCCUGCAGGAUGACGAGGAGCCGGACACGGACGACUCGGGCGUGGAGGAGCCGCGCCCGCUGGCGACGCCGGGCCGCGGCUCGCGCGCCGUCGAUCUCGCCCACUCGCUGCCCGUGCACAUCCCCGUGCCGGCAGCGGUGCUGGCACUGGGCCGCCAGCGCCCGUCGGCCGUGGAGGAGGAGGUGCCGUCCAUCGACCAGAUGGCCGACUCCAUACGCCAGCUGGCGCAGAGUCUGCACACGGAGCCGGGCUGCUUCGCCGACCUACCGCGACCGCGAACCAACACCAUGAACCGCUGACCGGGCGGCCGGGGCGCCGCGCCGCGCCGCGCCCAGUCACGCGCCGCGCCGCGCUGCGCCCAGUCACGCGCCGCUUCACGCCGGGCCGGCUCGAGCCGUGCACACUUGGCUUCGUUCGGCAGGAUAACGGCGGGCAUGCUCUUGAUAUCGAUACCCCGGACCCCCUCCCCUCCCCGUUUCGGCAGCCUUCUCUUGCCCGGAGCCGGCCGGUCCGCGUCGCACCGAACGCUGCCGCGAGGGCCGCUUAUGAUAAUCUCUUUGGCUGUGUUGUUGGGCCUGCGCGAGCUGUUACUGGCGCGCAGGUGCCGUACGGUUUGCCGUUACAGAUGUGUGCUGCGGCGUG